UAGAACGCUGGCUCGAAGAACUCUGGCUUUGGAUGCUUAAAUUUAAAGAUUCUGUUUUUUCCAUGGCUUUUGAGGUAUGUCUAGCUUAUUCUGCGAUUCCGUGACCUGAACCCUAUUGGUUCCACUUGUCAGGUCUAGGACCUGAGAUUACCGAGAUACUUUGAUUGGGAAAUAGGUUAAUGAUAUAUUUUCUUUGUAACCCUGUAAUUGCAUUUUUAUUUGAACAGAAGAUUCUCUGUUUAUAACCUGAAUGUUGCUUGAACUUUGUUCUAGGCUGGUUCCAUUGGACCGAAGUUGCUGGCAUUGAAGUUUCUGGAAACAUAUAUUUUACUUUUUACAGCUGACACCAAUGAUUCCGACAACAGUGUUGUGGGAGGAAGUAGACGGUUAUUUAAUAUAUCAUGGUUGGGAGGUUACCACCCUGUGUUGGAUCCAGUUUUCUUCAUGUCUGAUGCAAAUAGGACUUUAGGUAUUCUAUGGAUUUUCUAAGGGUCGCCGAGAAGUCUUCCUGGUUCAUUGAUAAUUUCCAUUGUUAAUUGUCUUUCAGCUAUAGCAAGGAAGAGGCCUAUCCACUAUGAUAUCAUCCUUUCAGCAUUGCUUGAUUUUGAUCCGAACUUUGAGACUGCUAAGGGUGUUCUUCCAGUCAGUAUCCAGUACUCCUUGAGGACAGCCUUUCUAGGAUUCCUUCGGUGCACCAGUCAUACCAUUAUAGAGUCAAGAGAUAGGUUGUUGAUGGCUUUACGUGCCUUGAAUGCUGGGGAUGCUGCCGAUCAAGUUGUCCGCCAAGUUGAUAGAAUGAUAAAGAAUGGCGAGCGUAGCUCACGUGAAUCCAGGUUCAGUACCAGGGAUGAUCAACAAUCAAACCAACCAGUCAUUUCAAUGGACCAAUCGAGGAAAAGAUCAAUGCCCCUGGAUACUGAUGAGCAAGCUAAUGGUCACGUGGUGUCUCUCAAGCGAACUCGUUAUGACCCGUCGAGUAUGGCAACUCACACUGAUCAUUCUGAGAAGGAUUCUAUUCUAGGCAAUGGCACGGCAGCUAAUGCCUCCCUAGUAGAUGGUGAUUUGACUCCUGCUGAACAGAUGAUUGCUAUGAUUGGUGCAUUACUCGGGGAAGGAGAGAGAGGGGCUGAAUCACUUGAAAUUCUCAUUUCAAAUAUUCAUCCUGAUCUACUUGCUGACAUUGUCAUUACUAAUAUGAAACAUUUGCCUACGACCUUUCUAUCUUUACCGAAGGUUGGGAGCUUGCCAAUUAGUCGCCAACUUGGCUCUCAGACCAGUCCUGCACAUGUUAUUGCUCCACCUAUCAUUCCAACCCAGUCUACUUCUCUAGCCCCUUCCUCUCAUGUUUCAACAUCUGCUCAACCUAUCAAUAUUUUGUCUCAAGCUGACACAUCAAAUGCCAAUACCUUCCCAACAGAUUCUAAACGUGAUCCGAGACGGGACCCCCGCCGCCUGGAUCCACGCCGUACAAUGCCGCCUGCACCAACAUCUAUUGUGGAUGAUAUUGGUGUCGUGGAAUCUGAAUUUGAUGGGUCUUCUACUUUAAGUAAGUCUUCGUCAUUUUCUGUGCCAACACCUGCUGAGAAUGACCUGGAUGCUUUACCGUUAAACUACACAGUUAACGUAAAAGAAGAACCCACCCCUGAACUGGAUCAAGUUUCUACGAAAGAUGAGGGUUCAUGCACAGCUGAGGAACUUGUUCAUACUUCAGAGUCCGAUAUUGUUCCAGAACAUUCGUAUUCCCUUCCUGAUGAAGACAACCGUGAUGCAUUAGCAGUUUCAGAUUUUGAAGUGGCAUAUGAUGCUGAAACGUCUUUCGUGGAAUCUGAUGAGUAUUCUUCUCCUGCUGAUUCAAAAGAAUGUCUGACUGAGGAGACUUUUGGGGAUUUAGCCGAGCUUCCGUUGUAUGUUGAACUGGAUGAAGCACAACAAAGAAAUGAGAGGAACACAGCAAUUGAGCGGAUUAUUGAAUCCUAUGGGAAAUUAUCUGACGCUGAUUGUGGAAGCCAGAUGCGCAUGGCACUCCUUGCUCGGUUAGUUGCUCAGAUUGACGCAGAUGAUGAUGUUGUUGAGCUGCUGCAGAAACAUAUAACAGUGGAUUACCGACAACAGAAGGGCAUGAGCUUGCUUCACAUCCUAUACCAUCUGCAUUCUCUCAUAGCUGUAGAUGCAAAUGGAAACCCCUCAUAUGCUGCUGCAAUAUAUGAGAAAUUUCUAGUGGCAGCGGCCAAAUCUUUGCUUGAUGCUUUCCCGGCAUCUGACAAGUCGUUUUGUCGACUGUUGGGCGAAGUUCCGCUUCUGUCCACGUCAGCAUUGAAAUUGUUGGAAAAUUUGUGCUAUUGUGAUGUUUUUGAUUCACAUGGAAAUGAGGUUCGUGAUGUUGAACGAGUCACUCAGGGUCUUGGUGCUGUUUGGAGUUUGAUUCUUGGGCGACCAAAGGAUCGGCAAGCAUGUUUAGAUAUAGCGUUGAAGUGUGCUGUCCAUUCACAAGAUGAUGUCCGAGCAAAAGCUAUUCGGCUGGUGGCGAACAAACUUUACCAGCUAAGCUACAUUUCAGAAAAUAUUGAGCAAUUUGCAACCAGUAUGUUGCUAUCUGCCGUAGAUCAGCAGUCCUCAGAUGUGGAGCUUUCUCAGUCUGCUUCCGUUGAGCAAAGAGAAGGCGAGGUUGGAACCCAGGAAGCCUUGAUUAGUGGUUCUCAAGUU